AGCCAGGGUAGAAGGGUCUGGGAUUCCUUUAUGAGGUGCAACCAAAACAGCUGUUAAAAAUAGCAACCGGGAUAUUUGGGCAGGCUGUCGAGAAUUAGUUCUUGAAUACUGUUGUGGUUUUGAUCACUAAAAUGGCUGUGACUUUUGGACUCUCUUUGAGUGUUUCUUGGAUUUGUUGCCUGCUAAUUGGAGGGAUAACUUGUUUUACACUUAAAGGUAACGCUCAUGGGCAUCUUGCUUACACUGGACCUGAACCAACUGGAUCCUAUGCCCAAGCAAGUGUGGUGUCUGGUCCAAAUGCUAAUGCUACUGGCCACAAUGCCACGUCAGCAGAAGCUACUGGCCACAAUGCCACGUCAGCAGAAGCUACUGGCCACAAUGCCACGUCAGCAGAAGCUACUGGCCACAAUGCCACGUCAGCAGAAGCUACUGGCCACAAUGCCACGUCAGCAGAAGCUACUGGCCACAAUGCCACGUCAGCAGAAGCUACUGUCCACAAUGCCACGUCAGCAGUAGCGUCCGGCCCCGGUGCCUCAGCAGAAGCGACAGGCCCCGGCGCCUCAGCAGAAGCGACAGGCCCCGGCGCCUCAGCAGAAGCGACAGGCCCCGGCGCCUCAGCAGAAGCGACAGGCCCCCGCGCCUCAGCAGAAGCGACAAGCCUUGAACAGACCACUCAACUCGGGAGAUCAUAAUUUGGUUUGGCCAACUCCUUAAUCGUCUUAUCCCUGUUACUGUGCCUCUUGCAGAAAAGGGUAAAGGUAACUGUAGUGGGGAAAUGUGCGAACUAAUGCGCUUGUUUGAAAUGAGGAUCUCCUUCACUUGUACAUCGUCAUGCAAAUUGUAUACAGGGGUGGCUGAUACAAUGUUAUGAAUUGUUUUUAUAAACAUACGACUAAAUGGACUUCUGAUGUAGCGAUAUUGCUGACACACUUUUAGGUUCUACGGUUAUGCUUUUGAUUUAGCCUGGUGUUCCUGCUACUCUUGCAUGAUUUGCUCAAUAAACCAUUUGACUUUCAAAAAA